CGAGUAGGAGAGGGAGAGGGGGGGGUGGAAGUAGCUGUAUGGGGCCGUGGUAUUCUCUCCUCCUGGAUGCUGUCUUUCCUGUUCAUGGCUUUGUCCCCCUUUUGUACGGUCAGCCUGUGUGUCCAGGAUCAGGCUCCAGCACACGGACCAGCACUCAGCCUCGCAGCCCGGGAUGAUUCAGUCCCAACAAAGAGCCUUUGAGAUAUGUGCUUCUGCCUGGAGGGAGGAACGCAUCAGGCUUUCCCAGGCAAGCGGCAGCCUGCAGUGUGCGUUGGCUUGAGAGCUCCUUGUCGUCGUAUGAGAGAGAAGGAGAGCAGCGUGUAUGUCCGUGUGUGAGUGUGUGUGUGUGUGUGUGAAUGUGAGUGUACAAUAGUGUAUGUGCUCAGUCUUGCUUCUAACCCUUCUGGUGGAGAGAGGCUCUCUUCUUCACUGCGCGGCAAGGGGCAUUUUGAAACGUUCAAGCUGUCGUCCUUGUGGACCUGAGGAUGUUUCGCAAGAAGAAAAAGAAGAGGCCCGAGAUUUCAGGGCCUAAGAACUUUGAGCACCGUGUCCACACCUCGUUUGACAACAAGCGUGGCUGCUUUGUGGGCCUACCGACACAAUGGCAGAGCCUGAUAGAGAACCUGCGCAGGCCCAAACCCAUGGUGGACCCUUCGAGGAUCACAGAGGUGGAGCUGAGGCCAAAGAAGACUAUUGUGCGGGGAAGCAUGAUCGGUCACGGAGACUACAUCGCGGCCAUGAUCAACGAAAUGAACCGACUGUCUGUGACCAGUUCAAACUCUUUGAGGAAGAGCAGCCCCUCAGCCAGGAAGAGGGCCCAGUCACUGGGAAGGCUUGGGGAGGUGAACGAAGGAGACACUUACCAGUAUGAGGGCCUGACCCAGGAUGAUGACGACGAGGACGACGAGGACGUGGGUCAUUGGAGGGACAGGGCCCGGAACAUCCACAGUGAGACCAAUACCCCCUACUUGGGCAUGAAGAAAAGCAUCACUCUGCAGCCCAAUGGGAUAUUGCCAAAAGCCAGGUCCACAUAUGAAGUCAGCGUCAGCUCCCUGGAGGGACCCUCGCAACCGCUGCAGUCCCAGAACAUCCCUGUGUUAAGUCACGGGGCUUAUAUGAGCGGUGAGGUGGGCAGCGCUCAUGAGAGAGUUAUAUGGAAAAGAGAUUUCCAGUUGCCCAGGGGAAUGCAACAAAAUCAGAGACCUAUAGCUUGUUUUUACAGCCCAGCUAUGACUGUACAGCAGCCCCAAGGCGAUCAGGCUGCUAUCACUGCAGAGUCCCGGCCCAACGUACCGAUGUACAUGCACCCCCAGAACAGCCCCGGGAGGCCGUACUCGUCCUAUGACCUGAAAGCAGACUCUUCGGUGAGGUACCACUCCGGCUUCUUGCCCACUGGCAACAGCAGUCCUCUUGUGGGCGGCAUCAGACCCCAGCGAACGGUGCGCUCGUCGGCUAGCUACACACUUGGCCUGUCCCCUAACAUGGGGCUGAGGCCAAAUGGGCCAGACCCCUUCCUCAGACACUCCGGAUGCCCCAAUCUUCCCUACCCCAUGCAAGACAGCCCUUCCCAGCCUCGACCCUCCCCAACAGGCUCUCUAGCCACCAGUCCUCCAGGCACUUGCUCCCCUGCUUUCAGGCCCCCACUACAUCCUUCACCAAGACCACCGCCAGACCCACCAAAGGUGACCCAUGAACAGUUUAAGGCGGCUCUGCAGAUGGUGGUGGACAAGGGCGAUCCACGAUCUUAUCUGGAGAACUUUGUGAAGAUUGGGGAGGGCUCGACGGGGGUAGUGUGUAUCGCUACAGAGAAGCACAGCGGCAGGCAGGUGGCCGUGAAGAUGAUGGACUUGCGGCGGCAGCAAAGGAGAGAGUUGCUCUUCAAUGAGGUUGUCAUCAUGAGAGACUAUCAGCACAGGAAUGUGGUGGAGAUGUUUAAGUCAGCCCUGGUGGAGGAGGAGCUGUGGGUUAUCAUGGAGUAUCUACAGGGUGGAGCACUGACCAACAUUGUAUCUGAAACCAGGCUGAGUGAAGAGCAGAUUGCCACGGUGUGUGAAGCUGUUCUGCAAGCCCUGGCCUAUCUCCAUUCGCAAGGAGUCAUCCACAGAGACAUCAAGAGCGACUCUAUACUGCUCACUUUAGAUGGACGGGUCAAGCUUUCAGACUUUGGCUUCUGUGCUCAAAUCAGCAAGGACAUCCCUAAAAGGAAAUCUUUGGUGGGGACACCCUAUUGGAUGGCUCCCGAAGUCAUCUCCAAAUCACCAUAUGGCACGGAGGUGGAUAUUUGGUCAAUGGGUAUCAUGGUGGUGGAGAUGGUGGAUGGAGAGCCACCGUAUUUCAGUGAGACCCCUGUAGCAGCUAUGAAGAGACUAAGGGAUGAGCUGGCUCCUACUGUCCGAAAUUUCAACCAGAUCUCUCCAGUUUUAAAAGACUUCCUGGACCGUAUGCUGACUCGGGACCCCCUAGAACGGGCCAGUGCCACUGACCUGCUGGAGCACCCUUUCCUACUGCAGAGCGGGUCACCCCAGUGCCUGGUCCCGCUGGUAGAUCAGUAUCGCAAGCGCAUGUCCCGUUGCUGACAAAGUGGGGAUCCCACUCCCCGAACACUCAACUUCAGUCUGAUCUGUCCAGGCGCGGAACAGCAUCGAGGUCCAUCUCCUCUAGCGCUCUAGCCAACAGGAGAUCAGCUCCAGAGAAGCAGACCCAGACAGCAUGUUGCUGCAAUAGUGAUGGUGGCAGGACGGCAAGUUUGGCUGACGGACACCGCAUGGUCUCAGGCAUGAGAGAAGCACUUUAGGAGCGAGUAGAAGGCAGCAUGCAAUUCCUCACCUCUGGGAUCGGGUUUGAUCCGAAUAUUGAUUGGCUUCCUGUAACAUUCAGUGGGAUUCAACACUUCACAACAUGGUGCAUAUCAGCAAAAGUCAACAUUUCACAUAACUAUAUGUAAUGAACAUGAGCUACUCUAAAGAUCCUUUAUAGUGUUCGUAGUGGGCAAUAUAGCCAGCAGUUUAAAGCUUAUAAAGCUGUUGCUCAAACCACAGUAGCUCAUUGUGACAUCAUUAGGAAGUAUAAAGUUACCUCUGCACAUUCACAGUCUUUGUUAUGGAAACUAGACAACAACCUGGUCCGUACACUCUUUGCAUGGCCAAAUGGAGGCACACCUGGCCCAAUGCGAAUGCUUGAAUAUGUACCAAACUGGGAUUCGAAAGACAAUUCUCCUUUAUUAGCAUUAUACAUGGGUAGAUGAAAGCCCAGCUGCUACUAUUGGAAAAAUCACUAGUUAUAUAUUCCUCUUUUUCAUAUUUAUUCUUUAUUUCCAAAUGGUGUUGUGGGUUGUUUGUAUGAUGUGAAGUCGCAAAUAAGGUUUCAUUAUUUAAAGAACUUGAAACAAAAGCAGAUAAAUUAAUAAUGUAAAUAAAAUGCUGAAUAUUAGGUCCUUGUACCUGCUGAUCUACUGCAGUAAAUUAUAUGAGAUGAAUUCUAAAUUUUACUUUUACUGAAAUGUGAGUGUAUAGUUGUAUGUAUGUGUGUAUGUGUGCAUGUGUGUGUGAGCACAUGGGCACAUGGAUGUGUGUGAGGUGACAUCUCAGUGUUUGCUUCUGAUACAGCCCUAUUUGUAUUGUGACAGACUUUUUAAAAACCACAAGACGUGUGUGUUGCUCCUCCAGAAGAUGUGUAUGACUGUAAUUUGCAUUUGUUUGCCUAGAUAAAGCACACAGGCCUGGCAUGUGAUGCUGCAGGAUGUCCACCUGCUGCUGAGAAACACUUUGCACAUCGUCUUUGUAUUCUGACACGGAUACAUGUUGACGCGUUUCAUGUAUUUCUAUUUCUGUGUGGGUCAUUCGUGAAAAGAGAAUUACACAUUUUUAUUUUGUAUAAAUCAAUAAAUGAUGCAUAUGAAAUUGGAA